AUGAAGCUGUUCUUCGUCGCCGCAUUCUUGGCUGUUGCUGCCACCGUACCAUCCAGCUACAAGCCGGAAUACAAAGCUCCCAGCUAUCCUGCCCAAGCUACACGGCACCAAACUAUGCCCAGUCUGACUACACAACCCGUGAAGAGUCUCUGGUCCAGAAGAAGAUGCAAGGGAGUCACCUACGACUCUUACGGCAAAGAAUCGUACGGCCAGAAAUUCACUUUGACCUGGACUGCUGACGAAGCUGGAUUCCAGCCCAAAGGUGAUCACUUGCCCGUCGCUCCUGUCCAUGAAUACGAGCUCCCAGUUGCUCCAGUCCACGAGUACGAACUCCCAGUCGCCCCUGCCCUCCCUUAUUCGCGCACUGGACCCGGUUACUAA